CACUUUUGAUUUUCGCCACACAAAGACAAUCAUCACUACCACUAAAACCAUAGCAGUACUGAGCAUGUCAGGCACAGUAAACAAUUUCAGCGAGAGCAACAAAAGAAAAAAAUGCUUCCAGUUCUGUUAAUUCUACUUUUCUAACCAAUCAUUUCACACUCUACCGCUACCGCGCGAGGAGCCGAAUUUCUUCUCGUCGUUGUUAGCAGAUGUGUGAUCGCUGAGGGAUUUGUUCUUCCAAUCGUUGGAUAUUGUGAUUGACAAGGUCAUGGGAAGUGUAUCUUCAGAUGAUGGCUUUGAUCAGCGGAGCGAGCGAUGCGGGAGUUAUAGUGUGAGUGCUGAUGUGAGUGAGUCCGAGAGUUGUAGUAGCUUUUCGUGUCGGCGACUCGAUGGAGAUGGUUGUUCGAGUUCUAUGACCUCAUCGCCGAGGUUACCGGCGGCUGGAAGGUUCGGUUUUCAGGUGCCGUUGAUGUUACCGGUGAUUGGAGGCAAGGAUGUGGUAAUUUGGGAUGAUGAGAGUCCUGAGAAACGGGACACCAAUUUGUCUGAAGUUGAGAUGAUGAAGGAGAGAUUUGCAAAGCUUCUUUUAGGAGAAGACAUGUCUGGAGGUGGGCAUGGAGUGUGUACUGCACUUGCCAUUUCGAAUGCCAUCACAAAUCUUACCGCGACCGUCUUUGGUCAGCUCUGGAGGUUAGAGCCGUUAGCACCACAAAAGAAGGCAAUGUGGAGGAGAGAAAUGGAGUGGCUCUUGUGUGUGAGCAAUUCGAUUGUUGAACUUGUACCAUCAAUACAACAAUUCCCUGGAGGAGGCACGUAUGAAGUCAUGGUGACAAGGCCACGUUCAUAUUUGUAUGUAAACCUUCCUGCCCUUAAGAAGCUUGAUGCAAUGUUGAUUACCAUACUUGACGGAUUUUGUGAGACAGAGUUUUGGUAUGUUGAUCGGGGGAUGGUUUUUGAUGAUGGUGGUGAUUGUGAAGCUUCUCCAUCAUUUGUUUCUGGAGGGGGGCCCUCAAUUAGGCAGGAAGAGAAGUGGUGGUUGCCGUGUCCGAAAGUGCCACCAAAUGGCUUGUCAGAGGAUGGAAGGAAGAAGUUGCAGCAAAGUAGGGAUUGCACAAACCAAAUACUGAAGGCAGCCAUGGCUAUUAAUAGCGAUGUGCUUGCAGAUAUGGAGAUACCUACUGCAUACUUGGAGAACUUACCAAAGAAUGGAAAGGUUUGUCUAGGAGACAUCAUCUAUCGAUACAUAACAGCUGAUCAAUUCUCCCCAGAAUGUCUCCUUGAUUGCCUUGAUCUAUCAACAGAACAUCACACUCUGGAAGUAACUAACAGGAUCGAUGCUGCCGUGCAUGUUUGGAAGCUCAAAGAUCAAAGGAAACAAGUUAACGAAAUCAAGGCUAAGCGCUCAUCAUGGGGCGGAAAGGUUAAAGGCCUUGUUGCCGACAGUGAAAAGAAUAAUUUUUUGGCCCAAAGAGCCGAGACUCUCUUAAAUGGCUUAAGGCAUCGUUUUCCCGGUCUUCCGCAGACAGCAUUGGAUAUGAGCAAAAUUCAAUAUAAUAAGGAUGUUGGGCAAUCGAUUCUCGAAAGCUAUUCAAGGGUGAUGGAGAGUUUGGCCUUCAACAUUAUGGCAAGAAUAGAUGAUGUCCUUUAUGUUGAUGAUACUAUCAAGCGCUGUGCCGAGGAGGAAACAGUUUCCCUUUUCAACAGGAGCAGUUUGAGCGGUCUUCCAAUCCAAAAACAAAUGUCUCGAAGCCCCUUUUCAAUUCAGCACACUCCAUAUGCCUCUCCUUUCACAACACCCUCCUCUUGUUCUUCGACCCCACACACCGGAAGUCCCAGAAAGGCACGGUCCUCUUUGAAGAGAAACGUUCUUAAGGAGGAAUCUGAGGAUAAAUUUGAGAAGCCAUGCUCGACUGAGUUCGAGAGGGUGUAGUCAUAUACGGGGAGCCUCAGUGCGAGAAGAGUUUCCGAAAAUGCUCCCGAGAGAGAUUGAUAUUGAAGAUUAAUGACCCUAUGUGAGAUUAAGUUGUAUGAAUGCAGACAGGUUAAGAGAAUUCGCUGGAUGUAAUCUUGUACAUUUCUUACCAUUAGGAAUAUGAGUACGAAAGUUUUGAUUUUUUUUCAUCUGUUUGAAUUUUUAA